AAACUGUGUUUAACAGUCUUUCAGAUAGCCGUUCCCUAGACAGAAAAUGACGACGGAAACAACUACGGCGACGGCGAAGGCAAAAUCCACCGGCAAGCGUAAAAUCAAAAAAUCCGGUGCGCCGGAUACAGCUCCAAUCACUCUCUCUUCAACUUCUAAUUCUCACAACCACGAGAGCAAUGGCUCAAAGUCAACAUCAAAAUCAUACGUGGACCUGACCGGAGAAACAGUUUCCGUAGAUGACGCCGUAAAAGUGUCUCCGUCUUCUAACGGCGUGAACGUUUCAACGAAAAAGAAAAAGAAGAACGAGGAUAAUCAUAAAAAGAAGAUAAAAGAUGAGAGUGACGAGAAAGACGGUAGUUUGUUGUAUCAGAUUCCGAUGAAUCGCGUGAGUCGGAUCAUUAAGAGUGAAGAUCCGAACAUUCGUAUCACUCAAGAAGCGGUUUACAUCAUUAACAAAGCUUCGGAAAAAUUUCUUCAGGUGUUCACUACAGAAGCAUAUGCUAGUGCUUUUCUGGAUCACAAGAAACAUAUCGAUUACAAACACCUUUCAUCGGUUGUUGGCAAGCGGAAGAGAUUCGACUUUCUUUCAGAUUUUGUUCCUGAGAAACUGAAAGCAGAAGACGCGUUAUCAGAAAUACAAGCAGUAGAGAAUUGAAAUGGGGGUCUCGAUUGUACUACGAGGAUGACGAAUCUAAUUUUUGUAAAAUUAGUGUGCAUUUUUGUGUUGUUAAGGUUUGCUUAUAUUCAAUACAAGAAUGCUGAUGUCUUAGGUUCAAGUAGCCAAGAACUGAAUCAGAAAUCAUGACCUUGAGACUUGAGUAUUAUUACAUGCAUAGGUGUUUGAUAAAA